UCUUAUCGGAAACAAAACGGUCAGACGAUCGCUAACGUUUUUAUUUUAUGUGCCAUAUUUACACGCUGUAGCUACUAUUUCUUAUAAAAUGUAAGUACAUACAUAUAUUUUGUCCAAAGUGUAAAAUGUAAUUCACAUUUGAAUAUUAACAUACCAUUGAUACUAUUUCAACAUUUCCAGGGGAAAACAUAAAAAUAGAGGACAAAAUGAUGUACUGUUGCAGUUUAUGGAGAAGUAUCCCGACAUCGCCAGAGGGUUUACCAAACGAGAAAAGGCGCUUGUGGACUCCCUUUGGCAACAAUUAGCAGAGUCGCUUAACAGCGCAGGCCCGCCAAUAAAGGAUGUGAACGGUUGGAAGAAGAUAUGGACGGACUGGAAAAGCGAAGUGAAAAAGAAGUUGGCGCAGAAUAAAAUCGAAGCCCGAGCCACUGGUGGAGGACCAUUUUCUAAGUAUACAUUGAACCAAACGGAGGAAACCAUUGUACGCAUUUGUGGAAUGGCUCAGAGUGUUGGAGGGGUUUCGGGACUAUCAUUUGGUCUCGAGGAAGAAUAUUUAAUAUCAAGCGAUGACGAUAUCCCUUCAACUUCUGCGAAACGUCCUCGUCUUGACACCUCUAUCGCUCAAAAACCUACGCCAAAAGAAACAACAAAUGAGCGGCUAAAAAAGUUUAUUGAGUACGACAAAGAAUGGAAGCAGGAUAUAUCUAACAAAAUGGAUGCUAUCCUCGAAUUUCAAAAAAUUGGGAGGGAGACAGACAAGGCUUUAGUUAGCGCGGUUAAUAACCUAACACAGGAAUUCAAAAAAUUCAGCAAAAAAAUGCUUGAAGUAUUACGCAAACAUGAGGAGGAGGAGUAUGAUCCCUUGGAAGAGUAUGGCUGAUUUAAAAUACGUUAAAAUAAAACU